UUGAAAGCACACAAUUUAUGCUCGCUUAUGUCUGCGGAUGCGCAGAUGGUCAUGUAGAGAUGGAACUUGCAGAGACACCUGAGCGAUGUUUGACAGGCCUUCUGCGUAUGUGCUGAAAGGCAGCCUGCCACCACCAUCCAAUUACAGUGCUCCAGGUGGAAAAACUCUUUUCUGGCAAAGCUUGGCGGCUUCCUACCAGUAUUUGUCUGAGACUUCGCCUUUUAUCCAUUGUGCUCAGCAGAGGUGGCUGAAUCGGAGCGCAGAUUGUAUGCCGGAGGUGGCAAUCAAAAGAUACCAGGCCUAUUGGGCGAAUUUGAAAAGUGAGGAGUACGAUGUCUGCUGUCAACCUGGAAAAGUCGAGCGCUGCAAGGAGCCGAAGAGGAAAGAAGGCUUACCAUUCUGUGGUUUUCCUUUCGGUUCCGUGGAUCACUUGCCGGCAUUUCUCCCAGAAUUCCAAGUGAGCUUACCUUCAGGCCCUAUGCGGGUUCUGCAAGGAAUUUCCGAUGAUGAUCUGUAUUGCACAUCUUUCAAUUGCCGGGUCUUCUUUGGAAAUGACCUCGAGCCACGAUUGCUUUGGUCCACAGCGCUUGCUGUGUACCUGGACUUGCAACCCAAGCUUCAGGGUCGAGCAAUCGAUCUUGGUGCAGGGGUUGGUCUGACAUGCAUGGUGCUCAUGAGGAGAGGCGCCGACGUCACAUGCACUGACGUGGACGAUGCGGCAUUGAUCUCAAGUUCUAGAAAUGCUGCAGCCACGGUUGCAGAUGCCACAAGGCAGAACCAGCUGUGGAGGUAUGGAAGUUUGACCGUUCUCCGCUUCAAUUACUCCAGUGCCAAAGAAGCAUGGAGAGACCAAGGUGUAGUGCCUCCUUACGACAUUGUGGCAAUGGCUGCUUCACCGCAGG